CUGCACUCGAAAUACACACACCACACCAAACAAACCAAAGAGGAAGAAAGACACAAGAUGGCGACAGGCAGCUCACCAUGGGAAGCAAAGCACCUCAGGGUGCGACAGCUGGAAUUGGAGUUGGAAGCCAACUUUGAGAAGCUGCGCAACUUCAACCAGCUCAAACGCAGCGAUGAUCCCCUUCGAGACAUUCACAGUGUGUACGCCGAGAUUCAAAACUGCCUGGACGAGUUUUCUGUAUUGACGAGCGAGAUGGUUGGCCUGGCGGGCGAGGCGAGAAGUCGAGUCACCGUCGUCAACCAGCUUGCACAGAAGGAGACGGCAUAUCACCGACAAUUUGCACGAAUCAAGCAAAGCAUCAAGGCGCAAAUGGAGAAGGAAGACCUGCUGGACAAUGUGAAGAAGACGAUCAAUGACCAUCAUUCUGGAUCGAGAAAUGAGGAUCUGUACCUCAAGGAAAGUGAUCACAUUCGGACAUCCGACCGUCUCACCGACGACAUCUUGGGCAUGGCUGCUGGUGCGCGGAAUGCGUUGCAAGACCAGGCGUCACGAAUCGACAAUGUGUUUUCCAAGCUCUCCACGACAAUGAACAAGUUCCCCGUCAUCAACCAGCUCAGCAAGAACAUUGACCUGAGGAAGAAGCGGUCAGCCAUCAUUCUCGGCUCCGUCAUCGCCACUUGCGUCGUCUUCUCCCUUUGGUACAUCAUGUACUGAGGCCAGCCUCCCGUGUGGUGUGGUCGCGUGCGGCUGUACCUUGCGCGAAAGGGAUCACUCGCUGUUGGCCACGCCACCUUCGGUCAGAUUGAAGCUUGCGUCCUUCUCCGAGAACCGGGACGAGCACACAAGCUGGUUGUGGGUGUAGUUUGGUGUUGGAUGGCGUGCGUUACGCGUGAGGGGCGGAAGGCAUGGAUGUGAGAGUUGAGUUUGUGAUGCGAGCGUUGAGUUUGUGAUAACGUGGAUUCAAUUCAUAUUUGCCUGUGUGCAUGCGAAUGAUGUUAACUGCUGUGGCCAGGAUGUACCUGGCAGUGCUGAAUACGUGUACAUGUACAUCAAUCCCUCUCUCUCCUCCCCCCCCCGCCCAAUUACACCUUAUCCUAGCGU